AUGCGGUCCUCACGCCAGACAUCGUGGCUCUUAUUCCUCGCCCUCCUGCUCGUAUUGUGUGCGUGGCUGCCCGGCACCACUCACGCGGCGGAGGAGGCGGAGACGAAUCCCCCCGCCGAGAACGACGGCGAUGAUGUUUACGGCGGCGACGAGUCCGACGACGGGGCGGUGAUGGCGCGGGCGAUAUUUCCCAACAGCGCGGGCGUUGUCAACCCGACGCUCCCCGCCGGCACCCCCACCGACGCCCUUCUCGCCUACCGCCACCAGCAGGCCGGCCACCGCCACACCGUCGUCCUCAUCGCCGGCUAUCUCUCCCCACACAACGCCUACGGGGAUGUUAUUCAGAACUUCUCGAUUGUGCGCCACGCACGCCCGGUGGACCCAGCAGAGACAGUGAGUUUUCAAUAUAGGUUCACCCCAGAUGCCAUGUUGGAGCCGAAUGACUACAACCUCGUUCUCGGACUUUACUGCCACGACAAUAUCACAAACAACACCUUCUUCGUCACCGCCUUCAACGGCACGGUGUCGGUUGAUGAGUCCCUCACCACAGACCCCAAAACAAUCCUCACAUACAUCACUCUACUUGCACUAUUCGGUGGAGUAGCUUACUUUGUGGCGUCAAAGCUCGGUCUUGUGGCGGUACUCAAGGGAAUGCGUAAUGGCGGCAGCAAAGGUCGUCGGCGUGUGGAAGUGGGUACAAACGGAGAGGGAUACGAUCCAGAUUACAUCGCCAGGGAACACCAAGUGUACAGAGAGACGGUGUUGCAACGCAAUGCCUCAUCCUCUCCAAAGAAAAAGAAUUAG